GGGCCCCGCCCCAGCUCCCCGAGGGCUGGGGAUGCGCCGUACGUCCAGCCCAGGGGUCCCGUCCCCCCCCCCGCGCGGCGGGCGGGUGGUACGGCCCAGUGUGUCGCCGCGUGCUGGCGGCGGGCGCGGGCAGUGCGCUGGCGGCAUGACGGGCAGGGAGCCGCUGCUGGGCGCCCUGAAAGUGUGCAUCCUGAGCCUGAAGGAGGGGAACAGCCCAUACACAGAUGCCUCGCCACACCUCACCUCCUUCUGCGAGAUCCUGGAAAUGAUCCUUCGGAAAGGAAUGAAACAGCCAGUCUUGGGCUUCAGGAGACGGGAUUAUUGGCACUGGCUAGAACAGCUUCCUCAGCAGGAUACUGCCAGCAGGGUAACUCCCCUGUCCAUUGUAAUAGAGAGAGCCAGUUCCUGCGAGAAGGUGCUGACAGCGCAGGGACGAGGCCGGUAUUUCCUGCGCUUGGCUUUAAAUGGAAAGUUACUAGCGACUGCUGUUCGGCAGCUGUCUCAGUCUUCGAAGCUGCCAGAGUUUUAUGAUCCUGUGACCUCAAUCCUGGGAAACGAAGACUUCAUGGAGCCCUUCCUCUCACUGAUGCUGGUGGUGACAGAGAUGAAUUUCUCCUUGGAUCUGCAGAAUUCCAGUUUCUUGGAUGAAAGCUGGUUGCUGCCGGUGUGUGUAACCUAUGAAACUGUACCCUGCAGAGAACUGGGGAUGGUACUCAGGUACUUGGAAGGUCGGAUCUUUGUCAUAGAGAUGCUUCCUGAGAGCCAGGCAGAAGUGGACGAGGUGGUGCUGGCUGGCGAUGUCAUCGAUGAGAUCAAUGGCGUCUCACUGAGGAAUGCAUACAACGGGCAGGCAGGGGCGGUGCUGCAGAAGCUGAAAGGCAAGCCACUCCACUUCCGCUUAAUCCGGUGGAAGUGGCACGACGGAGGGAUGUACAAACCCUUGUUGCCCUACCUGAAAGUCCUGAGGGAGAAAGUUUCCGGCUUCCAGCUCCAGUAUGAGCACAGAUGCAAAGAGGAGAAGGAGGACCGGUGCCUGCAGGGGGGCAGGCUGCUGUACAACCUGCGCUACCUGGGCCAAGCCAAUGUAGGAAAGUAUGGCGGCAAAGAGGUGUUAGACCAGGGUAUACCCACGGUGUUAGAACAGCACUUACCACCCCAGGAAGUUUUAUUUGACGUGAAAGAAACCGAAGUCCUCAUACAAGAGAGAACUUCUUCCAAGGUUCUGCUCCACUACCCUUAUCCAGAGAUCUCCUGUGUAGGUCGGCGUUUGGACAACAGCAACCUCUUUGCCUUCUGUGUUGCGGUUUCACCAGAGAUGCCUGAACAAAGUACCUUUGCCUGCCUCGUGUUUGAAUCCAAUUCUCAGGAAGAAUGUGAAGAAAUCAUCAAGAGAAUCGGUGGGGAGUUGAGGCACAGCAAGACAAUAAGACUUACUGAGGUCACACAGAGGAGGCUGUUCUGAAGCAGAAACUUAACUCUUGCAAGUCCUUAGAUAGUGCUCUAAACAUUGGACCACCCUUGACAAUGGAAUAAAAUAGUCAAGAUGGUAAUAUUCUGUCUGCUUAACUUUUUGCACUGAAGACUCUCACGUGGUUUAGUUUUGGAAAUCUGGGUGCAAGGAUGUUAUUCCCCAAGUAUCUUAGAUGUGUGGACAUUUCAGUUUGGUGCUCUGGCAAAAUAGCUGAGAUUCAGGGCGAGAGAGCAAGAUGGCUUCAACAGCUAUAAAGUCAACCGCUUUAUUUGUAAGAAAUGAUAACGUACCCCAAACUAGUUUUACAGGAUGAGGCAAAGUGUGCAGGGUGUGCUGCCCCCGCUGUGAGAGUCAUUGGUAAUGCAUGCUUGUUCCCUUAGCUGCUGGAUUUAAACACACUGAAUGGUUUGUCUGAUGAGAAGGGAAAGCGAUGGCUCUAGCUAUGAGCUUCCUCCAGGCACGGCGCUGACCCAGAUUUGGAGCCUUCCUGACAGCCCAACUCUGUCAGCUGUUCGAGACCCUACCAACUCAGGUCUUAAAACUAAAAUGCUAUUUCCUACUGUUCCCCAUGGACUGGCUGUAGAGUUUUAUUUUUGAACCUUGUGGAAGGAAAUAUUUCAAGUGCAUCAUGACUUUGAGUUACUCUUAAAGCAGAUGCUGUAACCUGCACUUUUGUAUAAAAUCUUUUUGUUCUUAAAAUGCAAUCUUUUUAUGAAGAGCUUUACUGAAAACUUUUAAGAGUUUACUUGGAAUAAAUCAAGUGGAGAAUAAUUA